AUGAUUAGCACAUCGCUCUAUUCCUUUUCCUCAAAAGAUGCUGUUUCUGUCGCUCUGAAUUCUCUGAUUGAGCGUCUGUCUGCAGAUGCCAUUUCCAAGCGAGGCGUAUUCACUAUUGCAGUGUCUGGCGGAUCGCUUCCAAAGAUUCUUGCUGCUCACCUUUGUCAUAACAAGUCCAUCGACUUUUCCAAAUGGCAUGUCUUGUUUGCAGAUGAACGGUGUGUUCCUCUAUCUCAUCCCGACUCCAACUAUGGUGCAUGCAAGGCUGCUCUUCUUGAUUUGAUUCCUGCUCAUCAAGUCACUACCAUCUCUGAAUCCCUUUUGUCUGAUCCUGAAGCCGCUGCUGCUGAUUACCAAUCCAAACUGAUCUCUGCUGUCAAGGAUACUGCUGAGGGUAUACCCAGAUUGGAUGCAUUGUUGCUUGGUAUGGGUCCAGAUGGUCAUACUUGUUCGUUAUUUCCGGGUCAUAUGCUGCUGGAUGAACAUACCAAGCUGGUUGCUGCUAUUCACGACUCUCCCAAACCACCCUCCACUCGCAUUACGCUCACUUAUCCUGUCGUCAAUGCUAGCCACAAUGCCAUUUUUGUUGCUACAGGUGAAGAAAAGGCUGACAUAUUUCAUCGCAUGGUAGAUCUUGCUCAAGAUUUUCCUAGUCGUAGAGUCAAACCAACAUCUGGUAACUUGUACUGGUUUUUAGAUCAUGCUGCUGCCAGCAAACUCACCACUCCUACCAAGUCGUUUCAACUGUAG